CCGCGACGCGACGACGGGCGACGAUGCCGCGCGCGACCGUCCUCGCCGGGUCGUACGAGCGCUUCGUCUUCGGCUACGCGCACGCGCGCGGCGCCGCGAGCGACGCGAGCGACGGCGCGACGACGACGACGCUCGCGAAGCGCUUCACCGUGGACGCGCACCUCGCGAGCGUCAAGGCGGUCGCGUGCGCGGGCGGACUCGCGGCGAGCGGGGGGAGCGAUGACUUGAUACGAGUGUAUCACUGCGACGCGUCGGGGGCGAUGGCGGACCUGGGGACGUGCGUGGGACACGGAGGGGACGCGCGGGCGCUGGAAUUUUACGCGCCGCGCGGGUACGCGCCGACGCGACUGCUGUCGGGAGGCGCGGACGGCGCGCUGAUGGUGUGGGACGCGAGCGAUAAUUUUGAAUUGUUGAAAACGAUGCGGGCGCAUCGGGGAGGGGUGUGCGCGAUCAGCGCGCAUCGGAGCGGGAAGGUGGCGCUGACGAGCGGGUGCGACGCGCACGUGGCGAUGUGGGACAUGCGAAGGGGACGCGUGGCGUAUAAGUUUAAGACGCCGGAACGCGUGGAGGGGUUGGCGUUCACGUGUGAUGGGUCGGAAUACGUGAGUAGACUGACGCAGAAGAUCACGCUGACGGAUGUUGAGGCGGGGAGCGUGGUGACGUCGUUCACGACGCCGGCGAAGACGUUGACGUUUGACGCGCGCGGGCGAAUGGUGUACGUCGGGUGCGAGGGCGGUGACGUGCUCGUGUACGACGCGCGCAUGGCGGCGAAGGAGGGAGCGGUGAGUCGCAUUGCCAAGGCACAUCCGCAACGCGUGCGCGGAUUGGCGAUCACUUCGGCCAAGGGUGACGAGACCGUGGGAGACUCUGGGCCGAGCGCGCUCGUCACCGCCGGUUCCGAAGGCGUCGUGCGCGCGUGGGAUUUGCGUCGCGCCUCUGGGCCGCGCGACGAAAACCCAGGAACUCCCGUCGCCGAGAUCAACUCUGGUGCUCGAUACACGUGCUUAUGCGCGAUGCCAGCGGAGACUGUACCGGACGCACCAAAGCCAAAGUUGCCCGCGCCGAAGCCGCGCGCCGACGCGCCGGCGAAGAAGCAGGCGGACAAAAGCUCAAAGGUUUCGACAUCCAAAGACAACAAACCCGCGUCAUCGAAGCGACAUGAUAUGAAGCAAAAGAAGCGUCCAGAUAUCGGUGGCGACGAUGACUUCGAAGUCGUUCCCGAAGAGCACGAGCCCGCGGCGAAACGCGAGCCGAGUCGGUUUGAUUCCGACUCUGACGGCGACGCGCCGUACGCGAAGCCUGCCGGCGGCAAGAAGCGGCAGAAACAGCGUCAAGGACCGGCGUACGAAAAGACAGCCACGUCAGCUCGUCGCAAGGCGAACAAUAUUAAGCACAAGAAACGUAGAUAG